GUGGGAACUUCAGUUCUCAAACUAUCUAUCAGUAUGUCUACAAAAUAAGUUGAAACGAUUGAUGAAAAAUAAUGGCUUAGUGUAUGUUUUGUUUUUUCAGUGAUAUGACCUUCAAUUCAAUCAAACGGUAGGGCGUCAAGAUGUACUUUGGAGUUGUUAUCACUUUUUCGUUUGUGCUCGUUGAGAUAUAUGGGGGACGCCCAUCUAUAGCCCUUAUUUCAGCAACAAAGGACAAACCACAUCUUCUUUUUCAUUAUGUGAUCUUAGAAAAUGAAACUUUAAAAAACCCAAAUAUGGUGGCGAUAGCUGCUUUUGAAGAAAAAAUAAACACUACUGGUUGGUCAUCACUUACGGUGGCAACAUCGUUUAGCUUUCCUGACUAUCUACAAGCUUACUGGGCUGGGUUUUUGGAAACUAAUCUCACACUCAGUUUGACUGUCUCCCACUGGAUAAACACUGUCAAAGAUAUGUGCCCGAUUCCACUUUCUAAAGACUGUAAAAUUUUACAUCAGUACCUAUCAGAAAAUAUGGCUUAUAUGUUGAAUGAGGCAUAUAAACAUGGUGACCAUAGUCCUUUUUGGUAUCAAGUUGCUUUACAGUUAUGGCAGCUUAAGGGAAUGUCUGAUGCCUUUAAUAGAAAAUUCAUCGACAGAGCGGACUUGUUAAACCGUAGUCAUUUGAAUACAUUGAUUGACGAAGUAAUGGGGAUUUAUUUACUACAGCUCAACGGGGAUCUUGGUGACUUAGUUAGUGCCUUAUCGGUUCUUACAUUAAAGAAAGGCAAAAACAAAAUGGGACAUCCAUUUAUCGCUAGUCCAUCGUGUUCAGCACUGAUUAAAAUAGUUGAUAAUAAUGUCUAUUUAUCGCAUGUCACAUGGUCAACAUACAGUAUUAUGCUGCGUGUAUUGAAACAUUACAACUUUCCAUGGAAAACUGUCAAUCGUACAGAAAGCUAUUACUCAUUCUAAAGGACACAACACUGAGCUAUACAAAUGAAAGAAUGAACUCAGUGAUUAACAAGUAUUAACAUAUAAAACGUUAAAUUACAUUGAAUUGUGAUUUAUAACAUGUAAUCAGGUAGUUUAGAAAUGAUGUAAAUAACUAAUGUAUUUUAAUUUUUAGAUUCUCAGAAAAUUCCUGGUUUUGCAAUAACAUUUUCUUCAUACCCAACAUUUACCAGUUCAGUUGAUGAUUUCUAUUUGACAAGUGCAAAUCUCGUAAGUUAAUAUUUUAAUCAAGAAAGUCUUGUUAUUCUGAGAACAGUCUUUAUUGGGAUUUAAUGGUACUUGAAAUAUGAAAAAAAAGAAACAUCAAAGAGAUGUUUCAUUCUUGUCUAAUUUUUUUCGACAGUAUGUCUACAAUGAUUCCCAGUGAGGAAAGAAGUCAGACAAGACUGUCUACUCUCACUCUCUCUCUUCUGGUGGUUGACUGGAUUAUGAAGACCUCGACAUCUGAGGGAAAACAUGACAUACAAUGGACAGCUCAGAACCAAUUAGACGAUUUGGACUUCGCAUAUGACCUGGCCCUUCUAUCUCAUACACAUUGACAAAUGCAGAUGUAGACAACUAGAGUAGCGUCAGUCUCUGCACCAGUAGGCCGAAACGUACGCAAUGGAAAAACCAAGAUCCUCAAAUACAACACGGAGAACACCAACACAAUCAUACUUAGUGGAGAAACUCUGGAAGAUGUGAAAUCUUUCACGUAGCUGGUCAGCAUCAUUAAUGAACAAGGAGGAUCAGAUGCAGACGUAAAGGCGAGGAUUGGCAAAGCAAGGUCCGCAUUCCUACAAUUGAAGAGCAUCACGAAGCAAGCGCUAACUUAGAACCCUGAAGAGAAAUGGAAGGGAGGAAGGCCGAAGAACACUGUGUCGAGAAUUGAAAGCGGAUAUGGAAAGUAUGAAUAGCAACUGCAGAUGCUUGGCCAGAAUAGAGUUGGAUGGAGAGUGAUGAUGGGUGGCCUAUGCUUCUCCACGAGGGUAACAGGCAUAAGUAAGUAGUGUGUACAAUGACCCCACAUGAUUUCGAAGUCAGCAGCCUCACAUCAAAUUAAUUGUUAUCAAAGAGUAAUAUGAACACUAGUACCACUGCGAUCCAGAGAGUACUGGUCUAUAUUUGAAUCCUUGUAAGAAUAAUUUUGGUGAACAACCACUUCGUAUAUCCACUGUGUUUAAACUGCUUGCGUAGAUCACUGUUCUUCGGUAUUGUUAAAAUUCUGAAAGAAAAUUGUUUGUAUUUUGAUGGGUGGUGUCCGAGAUCCGAUACCGACACACAACGUGCUACGCACUAACCCCAACCACCACCUGACCAUUUGAACGAGAACACAAGAGUGGAUGAGAAAGUCUAUUGGGUUUCUGAAUGAAUUAUACAAAUACUCAUUUUUAUAUAUGCGUCUCUACCCCUUAAAAAAUCACCCUAUUUCUUAGCCAAUGAUACGCAUCUGUUCCUCAGAUCCUCCGAUUGGCCUCAUUUGUCUACUUCUAAUUGGCUUACUAUAUCAGUUUAUAUUCUUUUUUUGGAGUUUGGACAAUACUAUAAAUAUUUUUUCUAAGCUCAACGUUUUUUCUGUAUGAUAAGCUACCUCAUGAUCAAUAUUAAUUCGAAUAUUUUAAGUUUUCAUUAUGAUCGCUGUUCGUUUAAAAAAAUUUCAAUGAAAUAAAUCUAUUCUUUUUUUAAUAGUCUAUAACUACAUAAACAUAUACACUGUGAUUCAAUGAAGUUCUUAACAGUAAUACUAAUUCACAUCCGUUGAAUUAGAGGUGACUUGUUAAAACUGAUUAACUCUCUAAAGUUUAAACCGAUGAGUCUUAACUUACAGUUCGUGUCAGUAUACUUAGUUGUCAUGCAAUUAAUGGUUGUAGCAAAUUACGUAUACUAAUAUUUUAUCUACCAGGAAAUAAUCAUAUUUGCAAUUAAUGGGGAGUGAUUUAUGCUAUUGUUUUAUCGAGGUAUUUUUGUACAAUCUGUUUAACAUCAUAAAAUGAUUUUUAAAAAAUAGUUAUAUAACUAGUUGUGGAAGAAGUAUCUUACAUAUUUUUGUAAAAUGUUGUCUCACAAUUUAACAUCAGUCUUGAAUAAAAAAGGAAGCUAUGAUUUUUAUUUGUAUACCAGACUAUUACCGAAACUACCAAUAAUGUAUAUAAUGAUUCAUUAUGGAAUAUUGUUCGAAAUGGUAGUAGAAAUUCUGUAUUCACAUUUAUACGUGGUAUGGUUGCCAGCCGCUUGGCCAAAACAGGGGACGAAUGGAUUGCAUAUUUCAAGUACAACAACAGUGGAACGUAAGUAAUCUGUCACAUUCUUUGGUUGUAAUUAAGAAACGCUGGUACGCAAAGUUCCAAAAGCUCUCUCGAUUUUCAGUUUACAUCACGGAAUGACUUUAAUUAGACAACCGAAAAUACCAGGGAUCAAUAAAUAGGUGCUUCGUGCAAGUAUGGUACUCUCUAGAAAUGCAGACUCACAACUUUGUCAGACAUCGAACCCACGACCUUUAGAUCUCACGACGAAAGAGUUUCUAUUAGAUUGCUGACUUGGCAAGCAAUGGUCUGCAAUUUUAAAUUUAGUUAAAUUACUGGACAAGAAAAGCGAAGCGGAUCGCACAGUAGAUUAGAUCACAUAUCAUGCCUUAACCAUAUUUUCAAAUCAUAUUUAUUUAACUAGAGGAUUUUUUCAACUUUUGGACCAUAUGAUGAUAUAAGCUUACAAUUAAGUACAAAAAUGAUCACAAUCUCAGUGAAGCCACACCUACAAUCCUCUUUCCUCAAGAAGUACUUGUUCAGACCAAAAAAAGCCUUAGGUCGUAUAUUGACUUGGAAAGCAUCAGUCUUUAAAGGAUUUUUUCGUUUAAACUAUUAAAAAUUAUCAUUUCAACUCAACCAUAAACCUAAAAUUAAAUAAAUUGUUAACUUAAGUGCAUUGCCAAUCAAAUCACACUUAACGGAGAAGCUUUGGAAGAUGUAAAAACCUUUAUAUAUCUGGGCAGCAUCAUUGAUGAACGCGGUGGAUCCGAUGUAGAUAUGAAAGCGCGGAUCUGAAAAGCAGCAGCAUAUUUACAACUGAAGAACAUCUGGAACUCAAAACAACUGUCAACCAACAGCGACGUCAGAAAUUUCGAUACAAAUGUCAAGACAGUUCUACUGUAUGGAAGGGAAACUUGGAGAAGUACGAAAGCCAUCAUCCAGAAAAUACAAGUGUUUAUUAACAGUUGUCUGUGCAAAAUACUUUGGAUUCGUUGGCCAGAUACUACCAGUUACAAUCUACUAUGGGAGAGAACAAACCAGAUUCCAGUGGAGGAAGAAAUCAGGGAGAAUCGCUGGAAGUGGAUAGGACACAUAUUGAGUAAAGCACCCAACUGCAUCACAAGGGAAGCUCUCAUUUGGAAUCCUCAAGGCCAAAGGAGAAAAGGAAAACCAAAGAACAUAUUACGCCGAGAAAUGGAGAUAGAUAUGAGCAGAAUGAACAACAGUUGGAUAGAACUGGAAAGGUAGGCCCAGGACAGAGUGGGUUGGGGAAUGCUGGUCGGCGGCCUAUGCUCCAUUGGGAGUAACAGGUAUAAGUAAGUAAUUAAUAAGUGCAUUGAGUCAAGUUGAUUGUGAAUUCUAAACGUAUAGUUAUUUUGAUCAAAACCCAUAGAUUACCUUGUACAUAUGGUGAUAAUUUGAAACUUGUGAUCUCAACGUUUAUUUAUUUAUCAAAUAAAAAGUUAUUGUUAUUGUUAUAACUCUCGGUUUUUCAUGUUUACAUGAAUGGGACGUUAAUUUGCCAUAGACGAAUAUGUACACUAGAUCCCCUCCCAGUGUCUAUUCUAAAGGACUUCAACAGAACUCAGAUCAAUAACACGUGAUUAGCCUGACCAGAACGUAAAUAUACUUGCACACCAAAAACCAACAGCAAUCAACAAUCGAGGUUGACAUUCAAUGGACGGCAAUUAUGGUUCCCUACCACCCAUUUCUUAGAAAUUGUAGGGUGUGAAAAAAAAGUAGGGAUCGGUGACUAGUGUACUUGUUUUGCAAGUAUGUGCUCAAGUGAUAAUGAACAAACAUUUUGUCACCUUUAAUAAUUUUGUAAUUGGUCGUAAACUGUUCAUCUUUGUAAUCUGAUUGGUUGAAAUCGAAAUAGCAUCAAGUGCUGUGAUUGGAUGUCAGAAUUUUCAUUUUUACAUUUGAAAUUUAACGACAAUGAAUAAUUCUUUUUGUGUAAUCUUAGUCUUGAAAAAAAAUUUAGACUUUUGAAGAAAAAGACACCAACUUAAUUUCACUACCGUGCAAUACUACUGUUAGUGAAUGUGUGUCGGGAUAAAUUUUUGCUUUCCGAUCAAGUAAUUUAAUGUCAACGUUCAAUUGAAGUCGUUAGUUAUCUUGACAAGAAUAAUAUGUAUCACAUUAAAAGAAAGUUGUGGAAAAAGGAACUGAAAACCGGUUUGAAUAUUUGAUAAUAAUGAUUACUGAAUGAUAUCGGUAGUCAAAUGUUGAAUACCAAAUUAAUAAACAAAUUAUCACCAAAAUGUAUGCAUACGUUUUUUGGUAAAACAUAGUAUGUUAAUCGAAAAAAGAAAUCAACAUAUCAAUAAAUCAUCAUGAUAAAUUACUGAUUACGACAUGUAUAAAUCAGGCGAACGAACCGUAAACCAUCGGUUAAUGAAGCGACUUUGACGGUAUAUCAAAGAAGUAAUAAUUUCUCCGAAAUAGGCACAUAAUAUUUAUUAAUGGGUUAUUUGGUAAAUAGUCCUUAAUAAGAAUUAGAAAACGUUAGAUUUCAAUACGGUUAUUUGUAAAAUCCAUUGAGACGAUUUAUUGUUUUCACGGGUACAUUCUUUGUAUUUCUGCAUUUUAAGAUUAAUUUUUUUGUCAUAAUAAAAACUAGUGUGUUUAAGCAGUCAUGUGUGAAUAUUGUUAACUGUAAUAUGAAACCUGAAAUAUCUAGACAUUACGAAUGUAACCAUUUUUGACAAUCAUUUGAAAUAUUAGUUUCAUGAAGUGUAAAUGAACAAGCCUACGUCGUCUGACUCAACAAAUAUCUAUGGUCAUUAAACGUAUAAAUAUGAAUAAAGUCUACUGUAUCAAUCAACAUUUAAAAUUUUAUUAUUUAUUUUCCUUAUGAUCAUUAUUUGUCAUUAUCUAUAUCUUAAUCUUCACAUCCAUCAUUCCCAAUUCCUUGAUCGUAAUUACCUUGAUAACACACUCCUUAUUACAUAUUAUAUUCACACAACAAUCUUAUUAUUAUUAUUAUUAUUAUUAUUAAUAUCUGAAUUGACAAAAUUCCACCCUCC